CGGAAAUCAAAACAAUAUGGAGGACGAGGAUGAUGUUGUUUACCAGGGCGAUAUUUUCAAACUAAGUGAAACCAGAAAAAGAAUAAUAGGAAAAAAAGAAGGAUCAUGGAAACAAAGAUAUCUGAUCUUCAGGAUAAAAGGGGAAAAACCUGUUCUGGAAUAUCACAAGAAAAAGCCCAAAAACAACAAAAAACCUGAAAGAACUAUAACUGAAUCUUUCGAACUGUGGCCAAGUUAUAAAGUUGAAAAGUUAAAAAAUGCAAGGGGCAGAACCUUUGUUUGUGAAAUUACCUCCCCUGAUAAUCACAUUUUUCUGUCUGCCAAUGCGGAAAAAGACAUUGAUGUUCUCGUAUUUCUCUUACAAGUGCAAAUCAGAUUAAAGGACAAUAUAAGAAAAGAUCUUAUUAACGUCACACCAGAAGACACAGAAUGCUUGUACAAAAUUGGUGCAAGAGAUGCCAAGUGUGUCCUCCAUGCUUCCCCAUGGGGUCUAACUCUUGCAUUAGAGAGAACAAGAGCUAUUUUAGCCCAGUGGCCUUUAAAAAGUAUUCGAUAUUAUGAAAUCCCUGAACCAGGCCAUUUCAACAUUGAGGCGGGAAGGGUUGCUCCAAUGGGUGAGGGACUCUUCCAGUUCAAGACUCGGAGAGGAGAUGAAGACAUCAUGUAUGAUCUGGUGGAUAGCUACAUUGUUAAUACACUCGACAGAGUCAAGCCAACACAGAAAGGGACACCAGAAGAAAUAGAAGACUACAUGCGUGAGCACGAAUGCCUUCACUCACUCACCACACUCAUUGUGUGUUCAGCCAAAGAGCCAGAGAUCAGGAACAUUCUAAAGAACAAUUGGGGUAUAGGAUCCCUGGCACCUGAGGAACAAGAAACUGUGAAUAGAUCAGCUAGUAGGACAAACAGCUCUGAGCUCCAGCCUGUCAGUAGACCAACACAGUCUUCAAGUCUGGUCAUCAACUUAGAAAGACCAGGGGAAUCUACGACUGACAGCACUGCAAGCAGAAAUGAGUCAGCAUCUAGUCGCCGCCUAAGUGAAGAAGCUCGCAUCACGGAUAGACCUCCCCCUCUACCCUCACGGUCCAACAACAACGGCGCCCCGCGCAGAAGUCGUCGUCGCGAGCAGAGCGUUCCGCGAAAAGUUGACGUGGAAGGGGGUUCGGUAAGUUCCGAGUCACCUCGGUUACAGUUCUCGACACACCCGCGAUCAAAGCAAGAAGACGAGGCCAGGUCUUCUCUAAGCUCAGAUACCGGAGUCAACCUCCAACCUCACCACACAGAGUUUUACCACCUUUCCUCUCCCAACAUGAAGGUCAGGGUCAGUAAAUCUCCAAUUAUUACCAAAAAUCCAAACAAGGUUGGCCGAGCAGAGUAUCUGUUAUCCCUACAACAGAGCGGGGUCAAGUCCCCAACCAGCGGUGGUUCAAACCACCCUAGCACAGACGGUUGGGAUUUUCAAGUCGGUCGAAACAAAAAAUCUUUCUCAAUAGAUGCCCCGAAAGAAGUAGUUGAAGCGCAUAGGGGAUCAGACUCCUCCUGGGCCACGUUGAGGAGAGAUAUCAGUACCAGUGACCACAGUAUCAACAGUAGCGUUUCAAAAUUAUCCAUCAGUAACCUGCCUCAAGAUGGUUAUAUAAAUUUACAAGGGAGCUCCAGUGGCUUGGCUGUUCAGCAUAGCCGGCAGCGGUCAGCGCCUGUUGAAAUGAUAACGGAGCCAGCGGCUCAUACUUUUAGAAGUGUUUCUAAAGAGAGCUCAGAUUUAACAUUAUCCCCUCCAACAGUGAGGCAUGUCCGGCAUCACUCCGCGGAUGACCUUGAUUGCUCGUCAUUUCAAAGUAUUGACCCGGCCCAGAAUGGUUACAUAGGGGCCAGGACGGGUAAUGGCAGUUCUGACAGUGGUUAUAGGAACUUGCAGGAUGACGAGCCCCUCGGGAAUAAACAGCUGGCAGAUAGACAGAUCAGCGGGAUAUCCGGGUUGGAUUCUGUGGAUGGCACGGUCAACGAGUGGCUUUUGUCCGCAAGCUGCGAAGACUUGAGUGACCACAUGAGGACUGUCAUAUACGACAAGGACAUACAAUUGGAAGAUCAGGAAGACAGAGGCCUGAAAGAAAGACUGAAGAAGUGUGAAAAGUUUCUGAUGAAAGAGGAUUGGAAUUCAACACUUUCGUCUGCAGAAUCCACAUCAUCCAGCGACAAACCCCCGCUGCCGUUUACAGGGCUGAAGAAGUUUCAAGAUGGCACCGAGGCUAAUGGUUAUAGAGACAGGAGCAAGUCUUUUGGUUACAUGAACAUAGCUAACACCGCCACGUCAGGCCCAGCCAAGCCGCAGUCCAACGCCCCCAGCGCACACCUCAUCAGGAAAAUGGUCAACGCCCGAGCGAAACAAGAAACUCUGAGAAAAUCUUUAUCCAACCCUAACUUCCUUAACCUGGGCAGCAAGGAGCAUUUAUUUACUCUCAAGUCCUCGUGUCCCAACUCCAGCGGAUCCUCAACAAAACUCAACAGCCAACACAAGCAGAAGAGCAAGUCCUUCAGCAGCCUGUUCCCAGCCCUGAAGAAAGCCUUCAGCAGGGAGAGUCUGGGACACAGUCGGAGCACCACCCCGGAGCGCAGGAACAGCAGAAGCGCCACCCCGGAGAGGAGGUCCAGCUUUAGCUUCCGGAGACGCAGCAGUGACAGCGAGUCUAACCUUAGACGACAGAACAGCUUCCAUUCCAUCGGGGAGAUGACUAUUAAAGGCAUUCGCAUGACAGAAAGAAGUAGAUCAUUUAGGCGCGUGCGAGGUUCAAAAUCAGUUGAGAUUUUAUCAAAGGAAAAAGACAAUGUAGAAGACGAGAACCGUAUUAGUUGCUUAACUACAGUGUCUUCCCCUCCUGAGGUUAGCCAGCCGACAGACAAUAGAACAUCAGCCGCUUCAAUCAAAAUUAACUCUUUUAGUAUCACUGCCACCAACCCGAACUAUGUUACCACUGCUCAAAUUGAUUUAACCCCUGCUACCAACGAUCAACCACCCCCGAUCCCAGCGAGGUUGAAAAUAGAAGACGUGACUGACUUGUCACAGCCUGUGAAACUGUUGAAACCCACCCCCAGCAGGGAGUCGGAGCCUGGGUACCUGAACACCCCAGGGCAUGAGCUCCUGAACAAACCAGUGGCUCCAGCAUCAAGCUCUGCUGUGUUCAGCAGCCAUGUUUCAGGGUAUCAAAACUUCCACACAAACUCAUCAGCGCCUUCGUCGGAUGAGUACCAAAAUGUGCCUGAUAGUUCGAACCCCUCAAAGAGACCGGUUGUGUCAGACAUGGUUGCUAAACUAGAAGUGAGCUCAACUGACCCUAAGCUGUUGCAUGGCCAGUCCCCUUCUGCCCAGCACAGGGACCUGGGUGGGGGUUCACCCAGCUUGUCUAGACAGACUAGAGCUGGGUAUUCAAACAUUGGGCAAGGGUCCUCACCCGGUGUUCACCAACAUGGCGGUGCAGCAGUGAAAGGGUUAACCAGACCUAAUGUGAUUACAGGAGGUCAAAAGGUCGUUUCAGAGACUGAGGGUGUUCACAACAGUGUCACUAGUCAAGGGUCGGACAACAGACGAACAAGCUCCGGAGGUCAAGGGUCAGAUGGUCGAGUAAGUUCAAGUGGGCCGGUGUCUUACAGAAGGGUGGGAUCGACUAGUCAGGGGUCAGAUAGAAGGGUCAGCUCAAGUAGCCAGGGGUCGGACAAGAGAAUUAGCUCAAGUACACAGGGGUCUGGGAAAAGAGAGGGAUCCACUAGUCAGGGGUCAGACAGAAAGGACAGCUCAAGUACACAGGGGUCAGAUAGAAGGAUCAGCUCAAGUACCCAGGGGUCUGGGAAAAGAGAGGGGUCAACUAGUCAGGGGUCAGAUAACAGGGUUAGCUCAAACAGUCUGGGGUCAGACAAAAGGGGCAGCUCAAGUAGCCAAUGGGGGUCGGACAAGAGGGUCAGCUCAGUUAGCCAGGGGUCAGAUAAAAGAACUAGCCAGGGGUCAGGUGAGAGGAAGUCCAGUACCGGGUCCAGAGGAUCCCCAGUGAAAUAUGUGAAACCAGCCAAGUCAUCAACAGGAGACAGCAGCCCUAAAGACACUGUUGUAACUAGUACAAAACCUCCAGUCUCUUCCAUACCAAAACCUUUUCAGCCUAUACCAUUCAAAAGACAAGAACAGAAUGGGUUUAGACCAGUUCAGGCACCCAAGGCUAUUAAAAAGACGGAAUCCUGAUCCAUGUUUUGUAAUGCUCAGGUUGUGUAAUCCAUAGGGAAAUUAGAAAGUGAAAAAAAUGGAACUGGUAUAUUGUUGUGGAUUGUGUACAUUUUGUAUAACACAAAAUAUGACAUUAUUAAUCCAUCCCAUAACCAAUAUUAAAUUAAAUAACAAUAAUUAGUAAAUUAGUUACUAUGAAAGUUUUGUUAUUUUAGAAAUAGAUUUGAUAAUGGGAAUCAGACCCUUUUUGUUUUAAAAAUUUCGUGUUAUAUUUUCACUAGAAACAAUAGUGUUAAAAGAAAGCAGUGUGUUAGUGUAUUCAUUCAACCAUCCUACUAAAUGACAGAAAGUGAAAUAGAUCAUUUAGAUGGCAGAUGUUUUACAUUGACCCUCAUAGAAAAUAAAAGAUUCCUCCUCACUACUAGCUUUGUGUUCAACAUUAUGUGCACAAUCUAUUAACUUGAAAACUUUUUUCAUUGUCAGGGAUUUCAUGCUUUUCUUUAUGUAAACACAACUUUCGUAACUGUAGUUCUCAGUUUGUUGAUGAUUUCUUGCCAAAGUUUGAUACCGAACAUGGUAUAUAUUUUAUUUUUAUUUAUUUUAGAUGGUGAUUUACAGAGUAAAGAUAUUUGCUUACUUCUGUUGUUUUUUUUUUUCAAAUAGAUAAGAGCAUAUGCUAAUAGUUUUCAAUCAUUUAUGGUUAUAAAUUUAUCUUCAAUUUGAACAGUUUGUGAGGGUUUACACCUUGACUUGUAAUUUUUGUAAAUUUUUAACUAGGCAAUAUCCCUUGAGUUGUGUUCAGCUAUAAGUUUGUAACGUAAAUUUAUCCAUCAUACUGUAUGAUCAAAAUAUUGUUGCAUGUUAAGAUUACUCAUAUUUUAUAUUUAUAUAUUUUUUACUAUGUGCCUUAUUGUUAUUGCAUUGCAAAAUUAUUUUUCUUAUAUACACAGAUCAAAAUAUAUUCAUAUGACUUUUAAAUGAUUGUUUAAUUUUAACGAUCUUUAUUCCCACAAAUUGGUUUUAAUAACUUUUUUAUUAAAUGUUCAAAGAUUGAAGUAUUUAGAAAUAUUUUUUAUUCAUUAAAUGCAAUGAAUGUU